CAGAUAGCAAAAGAAUAAAAAAUGGUGAGAUAACAGUAAAGUAAUGUUGGAGUAGAAAACAAAGAUUUGAACCAUUCUGUUUGCUCCACUGAGAUAAAAACAAAAGAAGCCUUUUGAAUGACAAAGGCGUCCAUUAAGUAGAGGUUUCAUCUUCAUCUUCAUCUGAUCUUCAAAGACAAUACUUUUCAAAUGGUGGGAGAGAGAUUAGAAAGUGACAUGGAAAUGGUAUUUUCAAAUGAUGAAGUUUGUGGAUCACAAUUACCAUCUACUUUUCAACUUUUCAUUUACGUGAGGACUACAGGUACUCUCUUUCAAUCAUCUUGUUACUUGUAGAAUAAAAUAUUCACAAAAUUUAGCUCUUGAAUGAACUGCUAUGUCAUUUCUUAUCAUUUUUCCAACAUUAUGCUCAUCUUUCUCUCUCUCUCUCUCUCUCUAUAUAUAUAUGUAUAUAUAUUUGUCUUUAUGCCAAUGUUUGAAAUCUUCAAAAUGUUCUGUUUUUCUCAUGCAUCUUCUUUCUAUGAGGAGGAGGUUUAGACAUCAAUAAAAACAGAAGAGUUGGAUUGAAAUAGAGAAGGAAAAAAGUGAAGAAAGCAGAGGAAAUGGGAACGUUUGAAAACAGGAUAUUCAAGUUUGUAACUUUUUGUUACUAGAAGUAAUAAUAAAAGUUUUACCUUCAAUUGGAAUUCAACCUUUUUUUUUCUCUUCUUUUUCUCAAUUGAAAUGGGCAAGUAUUGAAACAGUGAAAUCAGGAAGCUGCCUAGCAUUGACAUCAACGAGUGGCGGCCAUAGUUUAUUUAUUUUUUUAACAUGUGCCAUGGAAGAAGACAACCAAGUGCGUCAAAUUGGCGUCUGAAAAUUGAAAUGUUCGGCAGGGAGAAGUUGCAAAGAGGACCAAGACUGAACAUAGUUACAUGAAAACUUACAGCAGCCUCCUUCGUGACCCCACGUUGUCUUUGCAGCCUCUCCCUCUCUCUCUCUCUACACCCACCAAGUUUUUUCCUCCUUUGACCUCUGACGGCUAUGUGAAAAAUGGUCGUUGAGCUUUUCAAACUCCAAUCUAUAAAACCCAUUUCUCCUCCUUCCUUAGAUCUUUAUCUUUGUGAUUUAACUCAAAAGUUUUUGUUGAUGUCUUCACAUAACUUCUAAUUUUGCAUUGACUCGAAGCUUAAAGUUAUGAACUUGAAGAACCCCAGAAUUUGUUCCAUUUUCACGGCUCUUCUUCUCGUGGGAUUCAGCUGGGAACAGUUUGUUCAUAGCCAAAAUGUGGAUGGCAAUCAGUUUGUUAGCCCUGCAGCACUUCCAUUUAUCACAUCCAUGGCCAACAGUCAGCUCUCCAAUUUGAGCUCAAUCAUCAACACCGAACUCAGUAGCCGCUUCAGUUUCUGCUCCAGGGACUCGCAAGCUGAUUGGAACAAAGCCUUUAACUUUUCGUCUAAUCUCGACUUCUUGUCAUCUUGCCUACAGAAGAACAAUGGGGAUCUCACAAAGCGCCUGUGUACAGCAGCAGAAAUCAAUUUUUACUUCGACAGUAUCAUUGUUCAAAGUCCUGCAAGUGGCUCCUUCUUGAAACUUAACAAGAAUUGUAACUUGACAUCAUGGGCUUCCGGUUGUGAGCCAGGAUGGGCAUGCAGCAUUGGCCCUGAUCAGCAGGUUGACCUUAGAAAUUCCCAGCAAAUCCCUUCAAGAAUGCAUGAUUGCCAAGCUUGUUGCGAGGGUUUCUUCUGUCCUCAGGGUCUUACAUGCAUGAUACCAUGUCCAUUAGGAUCCUAUUGUCCCUCUGCCAAGUUGAAUAGAACAACUGGAGUAUGUGAACCGUAUCUUUACCAGCUACCACCUGGGCGACCCAACCAUACAUGUGGAGGAGCAAAUAUGUGGGCUGAUGUUGGCCGUAGUAGCGAGAUGUUCUGUUCAGAUGGAUCUUUUUGUCCAUCAAGCAUCCAAAAAAUUCCUUGCAGUAGUGGAUAUUACUGCAGGAUGGGUUCUACUUCUCAGAACAGGUGCUUCAAGCUUACUUCAUGUGAUGCAAACACCACAAAUCAGAAUAUUCAUGCUUAUGGAGUUAUGCUCUUAGUGGCUUUGAGCACUGUGCUACUCAUAAUUUACAAUUUCUCCGACCAAGUUCUUGCUGCUAGAGAAAGGAGACUGGCUAAAUCUAGGGAAGCUGCAGCCAAAAGUGCAAGGGCAACAGCAAAAGCACAACAAAGGUGGAAAGCUGCAAAAGAUGCUGCUAAGAAGCAUGCAAGUGGGUUGCAAGUUCAACUUUCACGAAAACUUUCGCGAAUGAAAAGUUCAGAUUCAGAGAAAUUUAAGAUUUUGAAUCAAUCUGAUUCUGAAAUGGAUGACAAUUUAUCAACUUCACAUUCACAUAUUCCAACCACGUCGUCGGCCUCAUCUGUGCACAUAGAAGGAAGAAAAAAUAAUCAGAUUGACCUCAUUGGGAUGAUACAUGAAAUUGAAAGAGACCCUGAUGGUUAUGAAGGCAUACAUUCUGAAUCUGGAGGAGGAGAGGGUACUGAGAAAAACAUGCCAAAGGGAAAGCAUUCAAGUACUCGUAGCCAGAUUUUUAAGUAUGCUUAUGUCCAGCUUGAGAAAGAAAAAGCUCAGCAGCAAGAGAACCACAAUCUUACUUUCUCUGGUGUUAUUAAAAUGGCAACUAAUCCUGAGAAAGGAAGGCGUCCACCAAUUGAAGUUUCUUUUAAUGACCUAAACCUUACUUUGAAAUCAAAAAACAAGCAUCUUUUGAGGUGUGUCACUGGAAAUAUCAAGCCUGGCCGGAUUACUGCUGUCAUGGGUCCAUCCGGGGCGGGAAAAACAACGUUUCUUUCUGCUUUGGCAGGAAAAGCAAUUGGAUGCAGGACAACAGGUUCUAUUCUAAUAAAUGGGAAGAAUGACUCAAUUCUGUCCUAUAAAAGAAUUAUGGGUUUUGUGCCUCAAGAUGAUAUCGUACAUGGGAACUUGACAGUGGAAGAGAAUCUAUGGUUCAGUGCAAACUGCAGACUUUCUGUGAACUUGUCCAAAGCAGAUAAGGUUCUAAUUGUUGAAAGAGUUAUUGAGUUCUUGGGGCUCCAGACUGUGAGGAACUCCUUGGUUGGGACAGUCGAAAAGCGAGGAAUCUCUGGAGGUCAAAGGAAGAGGGUGAAUGUCGGAUUAGAAAUGGUGAUAGAGCCUUCAAUUUUGCUCUUAGAUGAGCCAACAUCUGGGUUGGACAGCUCUUCUUCUCAACUGCUUCUUAGAGCACUCAGGAGAGAAGCUCUUGAAGGUGUGACCAUCUGCAUGGUGGUUCAUCAACCAAGCUACACCUUAUUCAAGAUGUUCGACGAUUUGGUUCUUCUUGCAAAAGGCGGUUUUACUGUUUAUCAUGGACCAGCAAAGAGAGUUGAAGAAUACUUCUCUGGCCUUGGGAUUAAUGUCCCAGAGCGUGUCAACCCUCCAGAUCACUUCAUUGAUAUUUUGGAGGGUAUAGUAACCCCUAAUGCAGAUAUUAGCUAUGAAGAGCUUCCUGUUAGAUGGUUGCUUUAUAAUGGUUACCCAGUACCAGCAGAUUUGCAGCAGAACUCAGUCGGACUUGCUACGACGACCACAGCAGGUGCAGAGCAAAUUAAUGGAACAAGAAACCGUGUUUCUGUCGAGCGACAACCUUCUUUAGCUGGGGAGCUAUGGCAGGGCGUGCGAAGUAACGUUGAGGAGCAUCAUGAAAAAUUAAGACUGCACUUUUUGAAGACCAAGGAUUUAUCACAUCGAAAAACUCCAGGUGUACUUGUACAGUACAGAUACUUUCUCGGGAGGAUUGCUAAGCAGCGAUUACGUGAAUCGAAACUGCAAGUUAUAGAUUAUUUGAUCUUGCUUCUUGCUGGUGCCUGCCUGGGAUCUAUUUCAAAUGUUAGUGAUCAAUCUUUUGGUGUGAGUGGCUAUGCCUUCACCAUUAUUGCAGUUUCUCUUCUAGGCAAGAUUGCGGCUUUGAGAACAUUUUCUUUGGAUAAGUUGGAGUACUGGAGAGAGAGUUCUUCUGGCAUGAGUAGUUUGGCUUAUUUUCUCGCAAAGGACUCAGUCGACCAUUUUAAUACCGCAGUUAAGCCGUUGUUGUAUCUCUCUAUGUUCUAUUCCUUCACCAACCCGAGAUCUUCCUUUACCGAUCAUUACGUAGUUUUACUCUGCCUUCUGUACUGUGUGACGGGUAUCGCUUAUGCUUUGGCCAUCCUCUUUCAGCCAGGUGCAGCCCAACUGUGGUCAGCCAUUCUUCCUGUUGUGCUGACCCUCUUUAUAACAAGGACACAAACUAGUUCAGCAUUGAAGACUCUGUCCAAUAUUUGCUACCCCAAGUGGGCUUUAGAGGCAUUAGUGAUUGCAAAUGCUGAAAGGUAUGAUGGAGUGUGGCUGAUAACUCGCUGUGGAGCUCUGAAUAAAAGUGGGUUUGACCUUCAUGACUGGGGCCUCUGCCUACUCCUCCUGAUGGCCACAGGUGUGAUUUUUCGGGUAAUUUCGUACGUUUGUAUGUUGAUCUUUCGAAGAAAGUAAUGCGUGAACUCCAAGACUCGUCACCUCUGCCAUGUUCUUCAAGUAGUUAGCAAGCUAGAGCAAGAAUACACCAUCAGAAGUUCAUAACAGGAAGAGACAGUUGAGAAGUUGUAUAUAUUUUACAUACUGAUUCCUUAUUCUUUUAUUUAGCAAUGUUGCUUCUUCAGGCUCAUUAUUUGUUGUAUUCUUUUGGCAAAAGUUAAAAAGUAGAUAACCCAAACCCUGUUUUGUUUAUUACCAUGUAUAGUUUAUUUGUAGUAGUGACAGUUCAAUUUUAGUUGAUUAAGAGUUUCAUAAAGACUAGUUUUUUACUUAUAAACUUGUGUAUGCAGUUUAGGAAUAUUCCACAAUCAAAUAUUAUCUCAUUGAG